CAUGAAGAUGUAACAAGAAUCGUGUCCUUUAUUGUAAAUUUUUCUGAAGACCAUGCUUUGGCUUUACCAGGUCGAGUACCCGGGUUUAAAUGCUUCGACAUUAAACUACUACCAUCUAUGUUUACAAAGUCAAGUGUUUUUCAGAUGUACAGAUCUGCUAUGGAAACCACAGGACAACGUGCUGUAAAAAUCCAUUCAUUCCGAAAGCUAUGGCGAACACUUCUCCCGUACAUAGUACAAACUCGUUCGAUGACUGAACUAUGUUGGAUGUGCCAGAAGAAUAACUCAGCUAUCUACAAGACGUUUGAUUAUGCACAACAGGUGCACUAACCGUCUGACCCCAUGCAGUCUGGACCCAUGUAUUUCUUAACACCCAGGAAGUGUGGUCUCUUUGGAGUCACUUGUGAGGGUCUGCCACAACAAGUUAACUACCUUGUAGAUGAAGGUAUGUGUAUCAGUAAAGGAUCCAAUGCAGUUAUCAGCUUUUUGGAUAACUUCUUUUUAACCUAUUGACUAGGUGAAAAACACUUGCAGUUGCACUGCGAUAACUGCAGGGGCCAGAUAAAAACAUGA